AUUUAUAUAAAGAGAGAUGUCUAAUUAAGUGAAUUUUGGAGAAGGGAAGAUAAAUGAGAAUUAUCCUUCAGCUAUAAAGACAAUGUUAGAAUAGGGUAAAGAUCCUAAGGAUUUAUUAAUUUAAUAUUGCAGACCAUAAUGUAAAUGGUAUGAUGACAAAUAUGACAGAUGUGUUAAAGCAUUUUUAUCAUUAAAAAAUGCAGAUCCUGAAAAGAAUUGCGUACAUGAUUGAUUAAUAAUUGUGAAAUAGAUGUAUCCUUAUAGAGAUUUAGUGACUUGCGUUGAAGCUUGUGUGUAACCAAAAAUUUAGCAUGCCCUUAGAGGAAAUGAAAAUGGUUUCAUAUUUCAUUGAUUUAAGAUGAGCUAAAUAUAUACAGAUUAAAUUACCC